AGAAAGAAGAACGAAGACGAAUCCCAUUGAAAAAAGCAACGAAAAAUUGGUUUAAAAUAAGAAAAUAGCCGUGAUAUUUUUAUUGAUAUGUUCGACGACAUUGGUUUUGGCAAUAAUUGCGGCUGGGGACGGAAAAAUUAAAGAAGCUGGAGAAGGUAGAAUUCCUUAUAUCGCGUUAGUGAAGGUCCUGAAUCCGCAUACCGGUGUAUUCGAGCCACUUUGUGCGGGUGCCAUCAUCUCGGAAACCGAAAUAUUAACGAAUGCAGUUUGUGCCGCAGCAUGUAAAGCUACGUACAAAUGUGAAGUGUACGUGGGACGAGUGAAUGUAAAUUAUGGUGGCAAAAAAGUGGAAAUCAAAGACACCGUGUGGCAUGAAACUUAUGUUGAAAUGGAUGCAAUUAACUUCGAGAGGCAUUCCAAUAGCAUUGAGGAUAUUGGUAUUUUAUUUAUGUCAAAAAUUAUUUUAUCGAAAACCGUUCAAAGCAUUGAAUUACCACAAGAAAAAAUGCAUGGAAGACAAAAUAAGAUGAUUAUAGCUGGUUGGGGCAGUGGAUUAGAACACGAUAUAACACAUCAUGAGAAGUUACAUUUUGGAGAAACCUUGGUAUAUGCAGUAGUUUGGGGAGUUGAUUUAAUCAGACCACAUGAUAAUGUUAACCGUGCUUGCAUCUCUGAUAUGGGUACGCCAUUGGUUCAUCCGAAUGGAACUGUAUUAGCUGGCAUUGGAACAUUAUGGACAUUCAGACUCUGUACAACAAGGCACGGAGAUAUGUCGUUCUAUACACCUAUUUAUAUACAUGCUGAAUGGAUUGCGAAGAACAGGAACAGAAGUGUCUAAAAUGGCUAUAAUAAAUAAAACAUUCAUUCA